UUCGUGACAGAAGAGGGAAGUGGCCUCUGUCAUCUGUCAGUCCCCUUGCUCUUGUCAACUCACAGUUGACUUACCUAAAUCAGUGUAAGGACGGUUGUUUCCACCCCUGCGCUCGGCAACCGCAUCUUCUGCCAGGUGCUUACCACUCACUGCCUCAGCACGAGAACCUCUCUUGCCACCACGGCGACCAUCACCAUGAGCAUCUCAAUGGUCAAAGUCUUUGGACUCGUCCAUCUCCUCUGGGCCGGUCACCUCACGGAGUGUGUCACACAAGUUGACAACACUGUUGCCACAGUUGACGUCACAGAAGUGAUGUCAACAAAUGACCCAGGACAGUUUCCAGAAAUUUCUACAAUCACAUCACAACUGAACUUCUCAGUGGCAUUGGCAACGCCGAUCACAACAGAAGUUGCAGAAAUUCCAGCAGCCUCAUCAGGGGAGAACGUGACAGAAUUGGACAUCGCCACAUCACAACUGAACAUCUCAGAGGCAUUGGCAACGAUGACCACAACAGAAUGGGACUUCACCGACAACACAGAAUACUACUCAGACGAUACAGGUACAGGCGAAUACGAUUUCGAAACUCUCUGCGAGAAGGAGGAGAUUCGCCGUUUCCGUGCCUGGUUCCUGCCCACCGUGUACUCCCUCAUAUGCUUCAUGGCACUUGUGGGCAACUCCCUGGUCAUAGUGACUUACAUCUACUUCAGCCGACUGAAGACCAUGACCGACAUCUACCUGCUCAGUCUGGGGGUCGCCGACCUGCUGUUUGCUCUGACUCUCCCUUUCUGGGCGGCCAGCAUCAUUGGUAAAUGGAUCCUGGGCGUUUUCCUGUGCAAGGCGAUGUACGCGGUUUACCGGAUCAGUUUCUUCAGCGGGAUGUUCCUGCUCACCUGCAUCAGUGUGGAUCGUUACUUCGCCAUCACCAAGGCCGUGUCUGCCCAUCGAUGCCGCUCGAGGGCCAUCUACAUCAGCAAAGUGUCCAGUCUGGUUAUCUGGGUCACAGCCGUGCUGUUCUCCAUCCCGGAGAUGGCCUACACGGAUGUCAGCACCAACGACACUUGUGAUCUGUACUACAAUCAGCCCACGAAGCUGAUCGUGGGUAUGCAGGUGACUCAGAUGGUCCUGGGGUUUGUUGUGCCAGCCCUGGUGAUGGUGUUCUGCUAUAGUGGCAUAGUCAAGACCCUGGCCCUGUCGAGAAGCUUUGAGAAGAACAAGGCCAUUAAAGUCAUCUUUGCUGUCGUAGCGGUCUUCUUGAUCUGCCAGUUGCCAUACAAUGUUGUGCUAAUGCUAAAGGCCGUGGACAGGGCGGUUGGAGGCAGCGAAGACUGUAAACUCGACAACGCUCUGAUGUACGCCAUGGAUGUCAGCAGCUCUCUGGCGUUUCUGCGAUGCUGUGUCAACCCCUUCCUGUACGCCUUCAUCGGAGUGAAGUUCCGCAACGACCUCCUCAAGCUGCUCAAAGAACUGGGAUGCAUGAGUCAGGCGCACUUCUACCAGCUCACUUCCUGUGCCAGGAGACGCUCCUCAGGAGCCAUGGAGACAGAAACCACCACCACCUACUCACCUUAAAAGAAAUAUGCAAAGGAUGUGUUGUGUGUAAAAAUGAAAAUGAAAAAAAAAUUAAAAAAUGAAAAAAAUGAAAAAAAUGAAAAAAAAUGAACAAAAAAAAGAAAAGAAAAAUUUAAAAAUUAAAGAAUGAAAUAAUGAAAGAAUACAAAAAAACUAUUUGUAAAGCCAGUACUAUUUCCUGAACCUCUAGACAUGCUUGCAGCCUAAGUACAUUGUGAAUAAGAUGCUCAAUGCUUGUAACACAUAUGAUGUAAUUGAUGAUUAAACCUGUUUUAACGAC